CUUUUAUCGGUUCAUCGUUACUUCUCGUUACAUUUCAGACAGAAGGAAGGAGAGGGGUAGAAAGAUGGAGGCAGAAUGGAAAUGUUGGCUCGAGAAGCAAACCCAUGUCUCUCUGAAGCGAGUACAACAUGUGGUGCAGAGUUGUUGGUGCUAACCCUCAGCCACACACCCGCGCUGGUCUAUUACUAAUAACAGAGAGCAUUGAUUUUCCACCCAUUGACCACCAACCUUUGAAACCACAUUGGCGAGGAUUCAAACAAACAAACAGAAUGGCAUCCCAAGGCUGUAUUGAUCUCAUCAAAUAUUUCCUAUUCCUUUUCAAUCUCCUUUUUGCUUGUGUGGGCGCCCUCCUUCUGUCACUUGGGAUAUGGAUAGUCCUUGCUGAGACAAGCUUCUUCAUGCCUGCCCCUCCCUAUAUGUCUUUUCCUGUCUUCUCCUAUUUUCUGGUCAUUGGUGGAAGUGCUACGAUGUCGUUGGGCUUCAUUGGGUGUCUGGGUGCAUUGAAGGAGGUGAAAUGCAUGUUAGGAAUGUAUUUCUUCCUGCUCUCCAUCCUUCUUGCUGCUCAGAUUGUGGGAGCGGUUCUGCUCUUCACUCAGUGGACUUCAUUUGAAAGCAAAGUCGAAGAGCAUGUCCUUCAUCUCAUUGAAUCAUUCGGCAAGAAUGAAUCCAACUAUCUGAACUUUGAGAAGACUCUGGACUACGUUCAGCAGGAGAUUCAUUGUUGUGGAUGGACAGGACCAAAUAUCUGGGUGGAGGCACCCUGCUCCUGUUACCACCCCAUCAAUAACACCCAGAAUGCCUCCAAUUCUUAUGAAAUGUGUGACUGCAAUGACAUCCGGCCUUUUUCAAAUUACACAACGUGUGACAUCUAUCAAAAAGGGUGCAGAGAGAGUAUUAGAGAGUGGUUGGACGAGAAUAUGCUCAUUAUUUUUGCCGUGCUACUUGCUGUGAUGGCGGUGGAGCUAUGUGGUAUGACCCUUUCGAUGUGUCUGUAUAGAUGGACCAGCCUGGAUUACAGCAUGCUGAUGCAAUACUCAAAGUAGGACAGAGUGCUGCAUAAACAUCUGAUAUAAUUGGUGUUUCUAUGUUUAUAAAGCAAAAUAAAAAAUAGAUAGUUGCAUUAUUCAUUGUUAAAAUUUGAGUGUACUUAAUCGAUUGCUUUGAUAUAACUCCUUCAUUCUUGCUAAUUUCUUCAUUCUUCAUCACUUUAUUUUUUGUAUUGAUACAUUACAUUGCUGUGUCUAUUACUACUAUUUCAUAACCAUAAGUGCUUCAAGACAAGCAAGUACGCACAUUUACUUCGGUUAAUGUGCUUUUGUAGUUUAUAGCUAAA